AUGGCGGACGAACUUAAGGCUCUUGGCAACAAAGCCAUUGCAGAGAAGAACUUCGACGAGGCCGUUGCCAAAUUUACGGAGGCCAUUGCGAUAGAGCCAGAAAACCACAUCCUCUACUCGAAUCGGUCUGCUGCCUACGCCUCGAAGAGAGAUUACGAGAACGCGCUGAAAGAUGCUGAGAAAGUAACCACGAUUAAACCAGACUGGGCAAAGGGAUGGGGACGGAAGGGUGCUGCUCAACAUGGAUUGGGGGAUCUUGUGGGUGCGCACGAUGCGUAUGAGGAGGGGUUGAAGCUGGAUCCAAAUAAUGCGCAGAACAAAUCUGGUCUUGCUGCUGUUAACCGCGCGAUUGAUGCGGAGGCUAAAGCAGAUGGUGUUACCGGUGAUCCAAGUGGAGGACUUGGAGGCAUGUUCAACGACCCACAACUCAUUCAGAAACUUGCGGCCAACCCCAAGACGAGCAAGUUGCUUGCAGACCCAUCGUUCAUGGCAAAGCUUCAGCAGGUUAAGAACAACCCUGGCGACUCCCAGGCUAUGUUCUCAGAUCCUCGAAUGAUACAGGUCCUGGGCGUGCUCAUGGGUGUGGAUAUGGAUAUGAUGGGAGGCAUGCCAGGUGGUGCAGGUGCAGGUGGCGAUCCAUCGUCGGCACCAGGAGAACAUGAGGAAGAUGUCUCCAUGCCAGAUGCCCGAGCUGCUCCCGCAGAGGCCCCAAAACCUAGAGAGCCGGAGCCGCAAGCAGCGCCAGAACCAGAUACUGAGGAUCAGGAGAAAGCCAAAGCAAAGGCCGCGGCAGAAGCUGAGAAGGCGCUCGGUACGCAACAAUAUAAGAAGAAGAACUUCGAUGAGGCAAUCACACAUUAUAGCAAGGCCUGGGAGCUAUACAAGGAUAUCACCUACCUAAACAAUCUCGGUGCCGCUUACUUCGAGAAGGGAGACUACGAUGCUUGUAUCAAAGCUUGCGAGAAGGCAGUCGAGGAAGGUCGUGAGAUCUACGCCGACUUCAAGAUGAUUGCCAAAUCAUAUGCGCGUAUAGGAUCGGCUCAUGAGAAGCAGGGGGAUAUCGACACGGCAAUCGAAAAUUACAAGAAGGCGCUCACGGAGCACCGUACCCCUGACCUUGUCAACAAGCUCCGCGCAGCUGAGAAGUUCAAGAUCGACAGCGCAAGAGAGGCAUACAUCAGCCCAGAGAAGGCCGAGGAGGCUCGUGAGUUGGGCAAUGCCAGAUUCAAGGACUCGGACUGGCCUGGUGCCGUGGAAGCGUAUAGUGAGAUGACCAAACGAGCUCCUGAAGACCCUAGAGGCUACAGCAAUCGCGCUGCUGCAUUCAUCAAGCUUCUCGAAUUCCCAAGCGCCAUUGAGGAUUGUAACUUGGCGAUCAAGAAGGAUCCUAAGUUUAUCCGCGCGUAUAUCCGCAAGGCGCAGGCGUACUUGGGCAUGAGAGAUUACUCGAAGUCUCUAGAUGCUUGCACGGAAGCUGCCGAAGUCGAUGAGACGAAGGCUCAUGCGAGGGAGAUUGAGCAGCUGCAGCAGAAGGCGUUGUCCGCUAUGUAUGCUGCGAGAGAGAAUGAGACCGAGGAGCAGACGAAGGAGAGAAUUCAGAGGGAUCCUGAGAUCUUGGGCAUCAUGCAAGACCCUAUCAUGCAGAGUAUCCUCCAACAAGCACAGUCAGACCCAGCUGCGCUCCAAGAACAUAUGAAGAACCCCGGUAUCCGGGCAAAGAUUCAAAAGCUCGUCGCCGCUGGAGUCAUCCGUGUUGGCAGAUAA